ACCCCGGCGGCGGGGCGCUUGCUCUCCCCGGGGGAGGCCGUUCCUCCGGGCCUUGGCGGUGCCCCCGGCGCCUUCCGCUACUAGGGGGCAGAGCGGACUCGGAGCUGCCGGGCGACCGCCCUCUCCCCCGAGCAUGGAGCGGAGUUACCUGCUGGAAAUCACCUCGCUGCUCGCUGCCUUCUCCCUGCUGCUGCAGCAGCGCUCCGGCGCCGCCGCCUCCUCCGCUGCCGCCGCCGCCGCCGCCGCCUCGGCCAAGGAGCUGGCGUGCCAGGAGAUCACCGUGCCCCUGUGCAAAGGCAUCGGCUACAACUACACCUACAUGCCCAACCAGUUCAACCACGACACGCAGGACGAGGCGGGGCUGGAGGUGCACCAGUUCUGGCCGCUGGUGGAGAUCCAGUGCUCGGCCGACCUGCGCUUCUUCCUCUGCAGCAUGUACACCCCUAUCUGCCUGGAGGACUAUAAGAAGCCGCUGCCGCCCUGCCGCAGCGUCUGCGAGCGGGCCAAGGCCGGCUGCGCCCCGCUCAUGCGCCAGUACGGCUUCGCCUGGCCCGACAGGAUGCGCUGCGACCGCCUGCCGGAGCAAGGCAACCCGGACACGCUGUGCAUGGACUACAACCGCACCGACCUCACCACGGCCGCGCCGCCCCCGGCCAAGCCCCCGCACCGCGGCGGGAAGGCGGGGGGCGCGGCCAGGCCCCCCGGCCGCGGCGCCCCCGGCCGAGCUCCCCCGCAAGCCCGGCCGCCUCCCCCGUGCGAGCCGGGCUGCCAGUGCCGGGCGCCCAUGGUGUCGGUGUCCAGCGAGCGCCACCCGCUCUACAACCGGGUGAAGACGGGGCAGAUCGCCAACUGCGCGCUGCCCUGCCACAACCACUUCAGCCCGGACGAGCGCGCCUUCACCGCCUUCUGGAUCGGCCUGUGGUCCGUGCUCUGCUUCCUCUCCACCUUCGCCACCGUCUCCACCUUCAUCGACAUGGAGCGCUUCAAGUACCCGGAGCGGCCCAUCAUCUUCCUGGCCGCCUGCUACCUCUUCGUCUCGCUCGGCUACCUGGUGCUGGUGGCCGGGCACGAGAAGGUGGCGUGCAGCGGCGGGGCGGGAGCCGGCGGGGCCGGGGCCGGAGCGGCGGGGGCGGCGGGGGGCGCCGCGGCGGCCGCGGGCGGGCGGGGCGCGGCCGGGGGCGCGGCGGAGCUGCAGCCGGAGCUGGCGGGGGCCGAGCACGUGCGCUACGAGAGCACGGGCCCGGCGCUGUGCACCGUGGUCUUCCUGCUGGUGUACUUCUUCGGCAUGGCCAGCUCCAUCUGGUGGGUCAUCCUCUCCCUCACCUGGUUCCUGGCCGCCGGCAUGAAGUGGGGCAACGAGGCCAUCGCCGGCUACGCGCAGUACUUCCACCUGGCCGCCUGGCUGCUGCCCAGCGUCAAGUCCAUCGCCGUGCUGGCCCUCAGCUCCGUGGACGGCGACCCCGUGGCCGGCAUCUGCUACGUGGGCAACCAGAGCCUGGAGAACCUGCGGGGCUUCGUGCUGGCGCCGCUGCUCAUCUACCUGGCCAUCGGCUCCAUGUUCCUGCUGGCCGGCUUCGUCUCGCUCUUCCGCAUCCGCAGCGUGAUCAAGCAGCAGGGCGGCCCCACCAAGACGCACAAGCUGGAGAAGCUGAUGAUCCGCCUGGGGCUCUUCACCGUGCUCUACACCGUGCCGGCCGCCAGCGUGGUGGCCUGCCUCUUCUACGAGCAGCACAACCGGCCCCGCUGGGAGGCCACGCACAACUGCCCCUGCCUCCGCGACCAGCAGCCCGACCAGGCCCGCCGCCCCGACUACGCCGUCUUCAUGCUCAAGUACUUCAUGUGCCUGGUGGUGGGCAUCACCUCCGGCUUCUGGGUCUGGUCGGGGAAGACGCUGGAGUCCUGGAGGGCCCUCUGCACCCGUUGCUGCUGGGCGAGCAAGGGCGCCGCAGGCGCCGGCCCCACGGCGGCGGGGGGCGGGGGGCAGGGAGCUGCCGCGGCGGCGGCGGCGGCGGCGGGACUGGGAGGAGGCGGCGGCGGCGGCGGCGGCUCCAUGUACAGCGAUGUCAGCACUGGCUUAACGUGGAGAUCGGGCACCGCCAGUUCGCUGUCCUACCCCAAGCAGAUGCCCUUGUCUCAAGUGUGAGAGCUGGAGAGGCCCGUGAUAGGGAGCGGGGGGCCGGGGGGGCCGCUGGCCUGUAUGACAUGCACCCUCGCUGUUCGUUGCCAUUGAUGAACCCCCGAUGGUCCCCAUUAGCCACGGCUUGUGCAGAACAAUUCAGCCGGCAGAGGCCCCAAGCACCAGCCCCUUCCCUCCCCCCCCCCCCCCGUCUCCAUUCAUAGGCAGGGAGCAUGUACUUCAAGGCGUCAGCUUAUUAUUGUGCUGACAGAAAAGGGGGGAGGAGGCUCAGCAGUUUCUACAGCGAGCAGGACAAGCAGCAGCUUCGGGUUCUCUCCCUGGACUUGCAGGAGAUCUCCCUUCACCAGGGGUCCUCCUCGCACCCUGACCAGCGGAGGAGGCUGAUGGCCUGAGGGGACUGCAGGGUUUGGGCAUUCUUAAUGACCAGGCAAAUGCCUUAAACACACACACACACACAAAUCAUGUCUUAAUUAUACACCCAAAAUAAAUACGGGUUUUGCAGUAAACGAUGUAUUUAUAUAAUUAUUUGUUACUUUGUACAAAUAUGUAAGAUAUGUAUAUAUCCAAAGCUAUACAGUCUGUAAAUUUUUUUGUAAAAAGUUUAGAGGCUCCCUCUGUAAGAGCAAAUAUUUGAGUAUUCUAUUUUGUCAAUAAAAUGACUUUUGAUAAAUGA